AGCACGGUAUAUUGGGCGUUGCCUCCUAUAUCGAGUCAGUCACUGAGAUGACCAAUAUGACUAUCCUUUUGUUUCUCGUCUCAGUGCGCAACGGUCCGUAACACGCCAGCAGCCGCAAGCCCCAGGCGAAAGAUCUGCAGCCGUUCAACGGGAGACGAUCUUUUUCCAAAGACCGGUAAACUCGGUUGUACUCUGAGUCGUUGGUUUACAGACGAACUCGUAAAGAUGGCCUCUGUCGCUUUGUGGCUCGCAGUUCUGACUGCUGCCUCAACCACAGCAUCGCCUGUCCUAUCAGCCAAGGCUGAAACCAACACCCUUAACGUAGAUGUGGACCUCCAAGGUGUUCCUUCCGCAGUCAGAUCGCUCUUUCUCCCUGGCUCACCUAAUGUUACAACGCCCACAAACACUUCGAGAUGCAAGGUCUACCCUGAUGAUCCUCAAUGGCCGUCCGACGAAGCUUGGUCACAACUCAACAAAGUCACAGGUGACCGUGUUAUCAAUGCACCCACUCCUCUUGCGGCAGUGUGUUACCCUGGCGAUGACUACAGUGCUGCCAAAUGCUCCGAAUACACCGUGGCAGCGUGGCAGAAGUCGUACAUCCAUAUGAUCGAUCCCAUCGAAAUCAUGUCUCCGGUCGCGCAAGGCAUGACGUGCACACCGCCAGUACUCUUCGACUCCCAUGGCUGCACCCGUGGAGGCUUCCCUAUGUACGUUGUUAACGCCACUGAGCCAAAGCACGUACAGGCUGCGGUAAACUUCGCACGCAACACUGGUGUCAGACUCGUUAUCAAGAACACUGGCCACGACUUUCUAGGCAAGAGCGGUGAGUACGUCGAUGAGAAGCUCAACUGGACCGGCCCUGCGUUCAAGAGCGGUGUCGGUGUGCAAGCCUUCGAGAUCUACAAGGCUGCCGCUGAGAAGGGCAGAAUCGUCGUUGGUGGCGAAGGAGAGACAGUCGGAGUCAUGGGAGGAUACAUCCAAGGAGGCGGCCACUCCCCAUUGACUGGUUUAUACGGUACUGGUGCUGAUAGUGUCCUCUCCAUGGAGGUCGUUACAGCCGACGGCGAGUUUGUUGUCGCAAACAGCACCUCGAACACUGACCUCUUCUGGGCUCUUCGUGGCGGUGGUGGCAGUACCUUCGGUGUCGUCACCUCUGUGACUGUCAAGGCCCAUCCUGAUCUCGAAGUCACAGUCUCCCGCUUUGGCUUCACUUCUGCCCAAACCGGAAACGAGACAUUCUGGGCUGCCAUCCGCGCCUACGUCGACCUAUGGAUCGACAACGCAGACGCUGGAACAUACACAUACUGGACACUGAUUCCAUCCAACGGUACCUUUUCAUUUGCAUUCUCGCCCUUCUUCGCGCCUGGAAAGAACGUAGAGGAAGCAACUGCGCUCCUGCAGCCCUGGUUCGAUCAACUUAAUGAUUUGGGCGUCAAGUUUGACCCAAAUAUCACUCAUUACGACAACUACUACGAUGCUUGGCGCAACUCUUUCCCUCUCGAAGCUGUUCAAAAGCCCAACGUAGCGACCGCAUCGCGUUUGUUCCCUCGCGCAAACUUCGAGACGGCUGAGAAGCGUCAAGAGGUUUACGAACGCAUCCGCGCAUCGAGCGAGAAAAACCGCGUUCAAGUCCACUUCAACAUGCAGGCUAAGGACCCAUACAACACCGACAACGCCGUAAACACCCAUUGGCGCCCCUUGGUCUCGUUCAGCAUGCAAUCUGUGCGCUGGCCCAUCAACAGCACCGCUGAGGAGAUCUUGAAGAUCCGUAAAGAUUUCCAAGCGGGCGAUAUGCAGUCUUGGAGAGACAUCAGCCCUGGGGCCGGAUCCUACCUUGCUGAGGCUGAUCGUCUUGAGCCUGACUUUGGUAACGCGUUCUUCGGUGACAACUACCCUAGGUUGUUAGAGUUGAAGAAGAAGCUUGAUCCACAAGAUGUGUUCUUUGCGACUACGAGUGUGGGUAGUGAGAGGUGGCGAGUGGAAAGUGUUGAUGGCCUACCAAACGAGAACGGCAAACUGUGCCGUGUAUAAUCGUGCGUUGUGUGUAUAUUUUCUUUCUUUGGACAUAAAUUAUUUUUCAUAGAUGUAUCACAUUCAUUAGUAUCAGCAUCUGCAAUAGAUGAUGCUACCUGGAAUACCAUUGAAUU